AUGCCCGCCGCCGCCCGUCGCUGCCCGCCGCCGCCGCCGCUGCUGCUGCUCCUGCCGUCGCUGCUUCUGAUCCGGUGCCUGGAUGGGGCGCCGAGAGCCGCGGAGGAGGGCGGCGGCCUGCCCGGGGACAAUGGCCUCAGAGCCGCGGUGGGAGAACCGUCCGGUACCGGACUGCCGGGCCUGUCGGCUCUGGUCGCAGAGCCCCAGUUCGCCCUGAAGGUUCUGGUCAGAGACCUGGUGACCCGCCAGCCGCUGCCCGGCGCCUCGGUGGACGUCUACCUGAACCACACCCUGAGGAGUUCUGCCCAAACCGGGCCCAGAGGGGAGGCUCUGCUCUGGGUGGCCUACAGCCCGGGCCUCAGUCUGACCCUGCUGGGCCACAUGGAGGGCUACGUCCCGAACCCGCUGCCCUGGAGCACCACCAAGAGGCCGAUUUUCUCUGCGGUGACGCUGCUGCUGCUUCCUCACAGUCAGGGAAACAUCUGGCUGUUCGAAGACUCGGUUCUCAUCACCAGGAAGUUACCUGACAGCUCCUCCCAACCCAAAGUGAAGUUUCCCAAGAACCUCCUGACCAUCCCUGAUAAAAGCAACAUCUCCUCGGUGACGGCGUUCCUGACGGUGCCACAGCGCCACCUGGCCAAGGACUGCGCCAACUGCACGCAAGGAAUCAUCAGCAACAAAUCAGUGCUCAGGAGCAUCGAGCUGAAGGCGGUGGCGGCCGUCAGCGUCCUGCUGUACUCCGGAGGGGAGGAGCUCCAGGUCCGAGGUCCGAUCCAGAUCAGCCUGCCGCUGGGACACAACACACACCUGAGGGCCUCGGACACUGUCCCGGCCUGGACCUUCAACCUGAAGACAGGUGCCUGGGAGAACCAGGGUCUGGGAAUAGUGAAAACAGCCGGUGAUGAGCUGGUUUGGACUUACACUGCCUCACAUCUGGGCUACUGGAUCGCUGCCCCGCUGCCCUCAUCCAGAGAUUAUCUCGGACAUGGAGGCUCUCUGGAGUUCUUAUCGUACCACACCUACCUGCUGAUUGGGAUUCUGGGAGGAACCCUGGCUGUAGUGAUCGGACUUCUUUCCUUGCUGCUGUGUCACUGCGGAAGCUCUCGUCGGGAGCCCAGGAGGAGACGAGCGAGAUUUUCCAAACUCACGGUGGUGAAAAAAGACCAAACCACCUCCACCCACAUGGAGGAGGGUUUGUUGUUCCGAUCAGGCGACACCAGUCUCGCCUCCUGCAGCGUCCAGUGUGAACCUUCAUCCACGCCGAGGCACAAAGCCAACUACAACAUCUACGUGGAGGAUCCGGGGGGUCGAACCGGCGCUCCUCUCUACGAGAACAUCGCCUCGGAUCGGAUGAAGGGCUCCCAGCCGCCGCCUCACUACAUCAACAGCGAAGAGGUGGCUCGGCUCAGGGAGAAGUCGGAGCAGAACCGGGCCAACAUGAACACUGACAGCUUCUUUCAGGAUAAGCUGGUUCACAUCUACAACCAGCCGGUGGCCAUUAUUCAGGCUCCGGAGCUUUUCGGUGCUCAGGAGCAGCACAAGUCGGCCACGUUUCCCCGCAACGGGGUCGAGUACGACGCCCACUCAGAGCCUGCGAGCAAAGACAGCUACACCCAGACUCUACCCAAAGUCCCUCACCACCACUCCCAGGGUGGCAGCAGCCCCCAGCAGAGCAGCCAGGAUGACCCCCAGCCUCUGGAGACGCCUCCCCAGGGUCAGGGCCCGAACGCCGGGGUGUGGGGGCGCUACAGCAACCUGCUGGAAUCCUCCGUCUCUGUUCCCGGGACUCUGAAUGAGGCGGCCGGUAUGGAGGCCUUCAGCAGCGGGCAUGGCGUGCCCAGCGAGCUGCAGGGGAUUUCAGAGCGCACCUUGCUGGAGCUGACUCGCGGUAAGUCUCACCCAAGGGCCUGGUUCGUCUCCUUGGACGGCAAGCCGGCCGCUCAGGUUCGCCACUCCAUCAUCGAGCUGCAGAGCCGCCACCGGCCGCCGAGCAGCAACGACACCAGCCUGGACUCGGGGGUGGACAUGAACGAGCCCCAGCAGAACAUCCGGGAGACGGAGCGUGACCGGCCUUCGAUCAGGGCGUCUUCGCUGCAGCACCACAGCCGAGGACGGUACGAAGAGCAGGACCUGAGCAGCAGCGAGAGCGGCACCACGGCCACCUGCACGCCAGAAGACCCCUCCCUGAGGAACAUUUUAGACGGGAGCAGCGGGGCUAUUCCCAACAUUCCCGAAGAACGGGAUGGGAUGGAUACGUCCAGCGCUCAGGAGGACAGCGAGUCCAGGGGGACGCCGCCUCCACGGCGCCUGAGGAAGGUGAGGGAGAAGGGGAAGACGGAAAAGAGGAGCGCCAAGCACGUCCGCGAGGGCCGACCUCUGACCAAGAGGAGUUAG